ACUUGCAGCUUCCGUAGUCUGAGUCAUAUGAUAGGUUUUGUUUUGGUCGUGACACGAAUUCUGCUUUUCAUCACGCUGGCUAAAUUCUGCUGUUUUAGCUUGACUUUUUCGUGCUUUAUCUGAACGAAACGGACCGAAACUUGCAUUAUUUUGUUUUAUAAUAUUCACUAAAAGAAGACGGAAGCUACAUCCGCUACCCUAUUCACCGGUUGCUGAGACCCGCAACUAGAUGCAGAUACAUUGAUGUUCCAGUUAUCAGCGCCGGGUUUCGUCAUUAAACAGAGUUUCUUGUGUUUUGCUUUUUAAGCCAACAUUUGUCGCUAAAAGACGAGGUUAUGCUUCGGUGGAUUCUUGGUGGUCGGGAAGCGCAGGGGUCCCUGGAGAAAAGCCCCGUGCUGUGCAUCGGAGAGGAACAGCCCAAAAACUGCUUCACUGAACUGCAGGUGCUGAAAGGACAUUUUGACAUUGUUCGAUUUCUGGUGCAGAUUGAUGACUUCAGGUGUGCCUCAGCGGGUGAUGACGGCCUUGUUUUGAUCUGGAAUAUUGAGACUGGAGAGAGGCUGCAGGAGCUACGAGGUCACUCCCAGCAAAUAACAGCCAUAACCACCUUUGUUUGUCGGAGCGAUGUUACGGCGCACCCCUCGCUCAUUACCGCGUCCUCCGACCGAACUCUCAGUCUGUGGGAUCCUGAUACAGCCAACAGGGUUCAGACCAUCUCAGACCUUCAGUCUUCAGUGAAGUGUUUACUAGUGCUGGAGCGGCUGUCUCUGUGGGUUUCUGGUGGAGAAGAGUUAUGUGUGUGGAACAAAGACUUCCAGCUGCAGUGUCACCGACAGCAGCACAGCGACACCGGAAUCACAGCUUUGAUAGAGCUGCCUAAGAACUGUCUAGCAGCAGCGAUGGAUAAAGAGAUCGUGAUCCACAGACUCACCCUCUCUACCGACUCUUCUGUGUCGGUGUCUGAGAUCCACCGUCUGUCUGAACAUCAGGACCAGAUCCGAGCUCUCAUUAGUGUCAAUGAUGGGCUUUUUGCCAGCGGCUCUCAUGCAGGCGAGCUGAUCUUGUGGGAUUCGAUUAGCUGGACCACUCAGGCCACCAUGCACAUCCUGUGGGAGGAGUCCCAAGCCAGCACCCAGACUGAAAUAAGACUCGGUGCUCAGAAACCCAGUGAGAUGUCCAUUCAGCAUCUGAGCACCAAUGGGAAGCUCCUCCUCGCAGCUGUGGGCAGCGGUCUGUAUGUGUACAACGUUGUGAGCAGGACUGUGGUGGCCUACCGGAAGGCUGCUCAUGACUCUAACGUGUUACACACCACGCUGCUGUCUGACAGCGAGGUGAUGUCGUGCUCUGAAGAUGGCAGCGUGAGGAUGUGGGAGAUCCAGGACCUGCCCUUACCUGCUGAACCAGCAUCUGCAGGGUUCUUUGGGAUGUGGACCUUCGGACGGUCAAGCAAGCAGUCGGGUCCUCAGUCGAAGAAGGUUGUGGACAUCCCUAACCUGAGGACACUGGAGCUGACUGGAGAUCUGAUUGGACAUUCAGGAGCCGUCCAGAUGUUUAUCAGCUUUAAGGAGAAAGGUUUGGUGACCUGCUCGACGGACCAUCUGCUGAUCCUGUGGAAGAACGGAGACACUCAGUCCCGUCUGCGCAGCCUGGCGCUUUUCCACAAACUGGAGGAGAAUGGAGGACUUUGAUUCUGGUGUGUGUGUGUGUGUGUGUGUGUGUGUAUGUGUUUUAAGUGAUAGUCCACUGAUUGUUGUUUACAUGAUGAACUAGUCAUUGUUGGCCAUUUUUGGAGAACAAGUAUUUAAAAUAUUCGGUGCAAGGAUGAAGGAAAUCACUUUUUUGACAAAUAAAAUGUAAUUUUUUGUUUCCAAA